CUCUUCCCUCGCCCCGAUUGGCGGGGAGCGGGCGGCGCGCCGGAAGUGUGUCAGCGCCGCCGGUCGGGAGCGGAGCGGGGCGAGCGGAGGCGGAGGAUGAGCAAAGGCCGUGAGGGCCCCGCGGCGGGCGGCGCCGCCGCCGCCGCCAUCCUGCUGCGGUACCUGCGGGAGCAGAACCGGCCGUACAGCGCCCAGGACGCCUUCGGGAACCUGCAGCGGGAGCACGGGCUGGGCAAGGCGGCCGUGGUGAAGGCGCUGGAGCAGCUGGCGCAGCAGGGCCGCGUCCGUGAGAAGGCCUACGGGAAGCAGAAGAUCUACUUCGCCGACCAGGAGCAGCUCCCGGCCGCCAGCGAGUCGGAGCUCCGUGGCCUGGACGGGGAGAUCGCCGCGCUCUCCACCAAGGUGCAGGCGCUACAGCAGAGCUGCCGGCAGAUGGAGGCGGAGCUGAAGGACCUGAACAGCUCCAUGACAACCCCUGAGAUGGCCAGAGAGAUCGAGGAGCUGAGGAAGGACUGCACAAGUUACGCAGAGAAGCUGGAGAGGAUUAAGUCUGCCACCAACCACGUGACUCCAGAAGAAAAAGAAAAGGUCUGUAGCGAGCAGAAGCUGUACUGCAAGGAGUGGCGGAGGAGGAAGCGAAUGGCGACUGAGCUGCUGGAGGCCAUCCUGGAGGGGUACCCCAAAAGCAAGAAGCAAUUCUUUGAGGAGGUUGGGAUAGAGACGGACGAGGACCAUAACGUCACGCUGCCGGCAGCUGUGUGAGGCACUGAGGGAGCCUUUGCCCCAGGAAGAAGGAGCUGAUGCUGAAAUGUAGCUGUUGGGGUUUUUUUUCCUCUUUUUGCAGGGGUUGGGCUGGUCCUGCAUAUUUAUGUGUGUUUGUUUUAAAAUGCUUUGCAGCUGGAAGGGUGGCUGCAGGGAUUGACUCAGCACUGGGCCCUCUCACUGUCUCACGUGCAGAGGGAAUGUAUGUUAUUUCUUCCUGCGCUUCGGUGCAGUGAGCUGUCGUGGGGAAGGUGUAAGUAAGUACACUGUUUUAGAGUCCCUGGUGUUCCAGUAAGAAAAGGAAGAGAGUGCCUCAGGAAGGCAAAUGAACUAGUGACUGUUAGGGCUGCAGAGCUCUAUGUGUAUUUCAGCCGCUUCCCGCAGCGUGACUGAGUGGUACAGGAGAAAACGGCCCAUUAAACACCAGGCUUUUGGUUCA